AUGGCAACUCAUCAGGUCUAUUUCUUUGGAAAACUCGAAGGUCUUGAUGCGCACUACACUUUGGCGUUCGGUUGUCACGGGCGGGAUAUUUUCCAAGAUCGGAAGCUCUUUUACAGUCAAAAUCUAUGCGAUUGGUACUUGCUGUUGGAACCGAAGCAUUGGAGUGCCGAUUGGGAGUUCAUAAAGCGUCCCUUUCAAGGAGAUCCCGCUUUCAAACUAGAAGUUGAAUUGGGUCCGGAAUUCACCUUGAACGAGGACCAAGUGCCUAUCGAGGGGGAAACCAAGAAGUUUUCACUGAAGGAACAGGAUCGGCUGUGGUAUGCGAUGACUAGAAUUCUUCAAGAAGCGGCACUCGUGCCACGUGGCGUGUUAUAUCAUAGUACAGAGGGUGAGUGCAUCAUCAAUCCAUUUUACGGCGGAAUGGACAUCAAUGAGAGCAUGAAGAUAGUAAACUAUCAACACUUCCGGAAGCCGAUUUACGCCGCGAAGGAGAAUUUGUUGAAACGAGAGGCCUGCAGUUAUUUUUUGGAUGUCUUCGACACGGCUGAUGACGUUAUUCCGGAACGGAGCUUUGUCGCAACGCAUGAUAGUGAGAGGGAUGUUUUUGUUUUGAAAUCACUACACUGGCCUGGGUUGUGCAAUUUCCAUCGCGCAGGUUCCAAUAUUUAUGGGUUUUUCUAUUUUGGUGAUGGAAGGAAGAAUUGGGACAUGCUUUUUAUGAUGUAAUUUGAUACAUAUUUUUUUUUGCCUAAGAAUCAUUGAAUAAACUAAAUUAGUAAAUUU